GCCAGGUGACCUGUGCCCCGGGGCAGCUGCCGUGCCCGGACGGUUCCUGCGUCAGCAGGACGCGGGUGUGCGACGGAGCCUGGGACUGCGGGGACGGCUCUGACGAGAGCCCAGCUCUGUGCCUGACGGCGCGGCCCAGCGCCCUGCCCAUCACCCUGCCCACGGUCCCCUCCCCGGGGUCUCCCUCACCCCAGUGUGGCCGCUAUGAGUUCCACUGCGGCAGCGGGGAGUGCAGGCCGCGUGGCUGGGUGUGCGACGACGAGGCCGACUGCCUGGACGGCAGCGACGAGCUAGUGUGCAACCGGACCUGUGGCCUGGACCAGCACACGUGCACCGUCACCGCCGAGUGCAUCCCCUACGGGCAGCUGUGCGACGGCAUCCCCCAGUGCUGGGACCAGUCCGACGAGAGCACCGACAACUGCGGAUCCACCGAGAUCCCGCCCUGCCCAGGGCUCUUCGUCUGCAACAACCGCAUGUGUGUGAAUGUCUCCCGGGUGUGCGAUGGCUCGCACGACUGCCCCCAGGGCGAGGACGAGCUGGCCUGCGAGCAGCACGUCCUGUCCGGCGAGAGGAACCAGACGGUGGGGCCCUGCGCCGAGUACUCGUGUGCUGAGGGCGAAUGCAUCUCCUUUAAGCAGGUGUGUAACGGGCUGGCGGACUGCGCUGACGGCAGCGAGGCCUCAGGCUGGCUGCCCUCGGACGAGCAGGACUGCGGGCUCUGGAGCCCCUGGGCCCCCUGGAGCACCUGCAGCCGGUCCUGUGGGACGGGCCUGCAGAUCCGCAGGCGGGUCUGCACCAGACGGGCCAACGACAUCCUGCGCCACUGCCACGGCGAGGAGACACAGGCCCAGCAGUGCUUCGCCCUGGCCUGCCCAGUGGAUGGUGCCUGGAGCGAGUGGGCGACGUGGGCGAACUGCACCCAGGACUGCCGCGGGGUGGUGGUGCGGCGCCGGGAGUGCAUCCCGCCCCGGAAUGGGGGCCAGCACUGCUCUGAGCUGCCCGGAGUCUCGCCCAGCACGCUGGAGAUCAAGCCCUGCCAGCUGGAAGGCUGCCUCAACGCCACCGCCUGCCCCGCGGGCCUGGUGCGCAGGCCUUGUGCCCCGUGCCCCAUGUCCUGUGCCGAUCUGGCCAGCAGGGGCAAGUGCAAGAGAGACAGGCCCUGCAGCCCAGGCUGCUGGUGCCCGGAGGGGCUGGUGCUGGACAGUGAGCAGCAGUGUGUGCGCCCCCGGGAGUGCCCAUGCCUGGUGGAGGGGGUGCGCCACUGGCCUGGCCAGCUGGUGAAGGUGAACUGCCGCAUCUGCGCCUGCCAAGACGGGCAGAUGAAGCGGUGCCGGCAGAACCCCGAGUGCACUGUUAACUGCGGCUGGUCGGCCUGGUCUCCCUGGGGCGAGUGCCUGGGCCCGUGCGGUGUGCAGAGCAUCCAGUGGUCCUUCCGCAGCCCCAACAACCCCAGCAAGCACGGCAACGGGCGCCAGUGCCGGGGCAUCUACCGCAAGGCGCGCAGGUGCCAGACAGAUCCAUGCGAGGAGUGCGAGCACCAUGGCCGGUUGCACGCCAUUAGCGACCGCUGGCGAUCGGGGCAGUGCCAGGUGUGCCAGUGCCUGCCCAACCUGACAGUGCAGUGCUCCCAGUACUGCCCGUACAGCACCGUGGGGUGCCCCGAGGGGCGGGCGCUGGUGGAGGGCAGGGGUGAGGCCUGCUGCUACUGCGCUGAAGUGGGUGAGAACAGGACCAGCGCGCCUGCUGUACCACCGACUGGGCCCCCGGGCACCACCCUGGCCAGCCCAGCUGCCUCCACCAGCCCUCCGCUCAUCACCUUCCCGCUGCCCCCUCUUGGAGACCGGUGCUAUGGCCCCUUGGGCCUGGCCUCCUUGCCAGCCAGCUGCUUCACAGCCUCCUCCCAGCAGCCGGAGAACCCUGCCCAUGCGGGGCGCCUCAACCACGUGCUCCCGGGCUCGGACCUGCAGGGCUGGGGGCCCCAGGCAGAGGUGUACCACGAGCUGCUCUCCAAGCCGCCCUACCUGCAGGUGGAUCUGCUGGAGCCCAGGAACCUCACAGGGGUGGUGGUGCAGGGGGCAGGCUCCUCGGACGCCUUCGUUACCAGCUUCCUCCUGCAGUUCAGCAUGGACGGGCUGAGGUGGCAUGCAUACCGGGAGGUCUCUGCGGACGCCCAGCCGGAGCCCAAGCUGUUCCUGGGGAACGCCGAUGACUCCACGCCGGUGGUGAGGACUUUCCAGCGCAUGGUCCGUGCCCGGCACGUCCGCAUCCUCCCCCACGACUUCCACAACGGGAUCUUUCUGCGCGCGGAGCUGCUGGGCUGCGAGAGAGUGACCCCUGGGGCACCGACCACACCGCCGGGCCGGAGGCCCUGCCGAACCGGGGAGUUCCAGUGCCGCAACGGACGCUGUGUCCCCGCUGGGCCCCACGGCACCGUGUGCAACGGAGUCGAUGAUUGUGGAGACUUCUCGGACGAGCUGCGCUGUGGUGAGCGGCAGGAUCCAGCCUGGGGGCAGUGCCGGGGCCAACCCUGCGGGGCUCAGGGAGUGUCCCGGGGUCUCGGCCUGUCCCUUGCUGGCUGGGCAGUGGCUGUGUGGCUGUUCAACCCUAACCCUAACCCGUGGGCCUCCCCAGAGGGGGCAGCAGCUUACCUCUGCUCCCAUGCCUGCCCAGAGAGCUCCCUCCUCCCAGCAUUGCUCGGCCGCUUACCAGCCCCGGCUCUGUGCCCCCUCGCAGGGACAGCCCCGUCUGUGGGGCCCUCCGCCCCCUGGCGCUGCCCCCUCUCCCACUUCCACUGCGCACUGUCUGUCGGCUGCAUCGACGCCUCCCGGCGGUGUGACGGCGUCAGCGACUGUCCGGACGGCACCGACGAGGCCGGCUGCGGCGCCCUGCGCGGGAGCACGGUGCCCCCUGCCAGCACAGCCAGCAGCUGGGCCCCCAGGCAGACCUCGUCACCCGCCAAGGAGGUGUCUAACGGCACAGAGGACUGGCUGUUCCCUGGAGACGUCCUCCCCACCCCCACAGGUCCCUGCAGCGAGCCGCUGGGCCUGGGCGAUGGCAGGAUCCGCUACCAGCAGCUGGGCGCCUCCUCCCACCGGGACAGCAACCCCCCGGACGCCGGGCGCCUCAACACGGUGCCCAACAUACUGAACAUCGAGCCAGGCUGGAGCCCCCUGGAGACCGACCGCAGCCCCUACUUCCAGGUGGACUUCCUGCGGCCCACCUUCGUCAGCGCGCUGGUCACGCAGGGCAGCCCGACGGCCGGGGGCUACGUCACCAAGUACCGGCUGCAGUACAGCCACGACGGAGUGCGCUACCGCAACUACACAGGGGCAGCGCCCGGAGCCGCACCCCCCCCGCCGGCUCAGGUGCUGGAGGGCAACUUGGACAGCCACACGCCGGUGCAGCAGGAGCUGCGCCCCCUGAUCCUGGCCCGCUACCUGCGGCUGGUGCCUGUGGAGUAUCACCGGAGCAUCCACCUGCGCAUGGAGGUGCUGGGCUGCCCCUGGAGUGCUGCACCACUGGGGACCAGCCCCACCUCCGAGCAGCCCCUGCUCCCCACGGCGACUCUGGUCCCAGGAUCCAGGGUUUCCAGCACAGUCAAUGAGAGCAGCGAGGCCAAAUCCACGGGCCAGCCAGUGAGGCCAACAGGCACCGCAGCAGCAGGGAAGGAGCCCAGUGCUACACCAACGCUGGGGACAGCAGGGCCUGCUGGGGACACGCGCAGCCCUGGAGCAGCUGGCACCGAGGUGCCCCACCUGAGCACAGCUCGGCCUUGGUGGGGCACUGGGAUGCCUGGCCUGGAAGAGGAAUCCAGGCGCUCCGGAGCUCCCGGUGUGGCAAGCCCAGAGCCCGGGCGCCCGGGGGAGACGCCCACCACCUGGUCCCCAGGGACUCCUGGGCUCUUCUGGGCAGGGACAACCUCUCCGGGGACCCCACGCCUGCUGGGCCCCACCCUGCCGGGCAUGGCGGCCGUGACUGUGUCAGCAGCAGGUCCCGGGCCUGGCCCCACGAGGCUGCCUGGGCUGCACACUGGCCCCUCCCAGCCUGGCAGGCCUGGGCUGGCCACCACUCUGGCUGGGCUGCCCUUCCCUCGGCUCCUCUGCACCCAGGGCCAGUUUGCCUGCGAGGUGCUGGGCUGCGUGGAGGCCGCCUUGGUGUGCGACGGGCAGGAGGACUGCCUGGACGGGUCGGACGAGUGGCACUGCGGAGGCCCCACCGCCUCAGCCGGCCCCACCGUCUCCCUGGCCUCCCCGGCCGGGCGGCCCAGCUCCUGCUCUGCCAAGCAGUUCUCCUGUGGCAGCGGGGAGUGCCUGGCCCUGGAGAAGCGCUGCGACCUGCACCCGGACUGCCAGGACGGCUCUGACGAGAGCAGCUGUGUGGACUGCAUCCUGUCUCCCUGGAGUGGCUGGAGCCAGUGCAGCCGGUCGUGCGGGCUGGGUGUGACCUUCCGCCGGCGGGACCUGCUCCGGAACGCCCUGCCCGGGGGCCAGUGCGAACACAACGAGUUCGACAGCCGCUCCUGCUUCCUCCGGGCCUGCCCAGUGAACGGCGCCUGGGCCCCCUGGGGCGAGUGGUCGGACUGCGACGCCGAGUGCCGGGGCGGAGUGCGGAGCCGCACGCGGAGCUGCGCCGACCCCCCGCCCAAGAACGGGGGUCAGCCCUGCCCCGGCGACGCCGUGCAGACAGAGCCCUGCAACCUGCAGCCCUGCGGGGAUGCCCGCGACUGCGGCCCCGAGAUGGUGCACGUGCAGACUGGGGACUGCGAGAGGGGCCUGGUGGCGCCGUGCCCCCAGUCGUGCCGGGAGCUGAAUACCGAGAGGACCUGCCAGAGCCAGUGUGUGGAGGGGUGCCGGUGCCCCCCGGGGCUCUAUCUGCAGGAGGGCAGCUGCGUGAACAUCAGCCAGUGCCACUGCGACUUCAGCCAGGAGCAGCGCCUCCCUGGGGAGAUGUUCCUGCACGACAACUGCAGCCAGUGUGUGUGCCUGGACGGGGUGGUGACGUGCGACGACCUGGCCUGCCCCGUUCACUGCGGCUGGUCAGCCUGGUCCCCGUGGACACCCUGCGACCGCAGCUGCGGAGUCGGCAUGCAGGAGAGAUUCAGAUCCCCCACCAACCCGGCACCUGCCAACGGUGGAGCCCCGUGCGAGGGGGACGCGCAGCAAGUCCGCGAGUGCCACACGGCCUGUGUCUCCGAGCCAGCCAGCCCCUGGAGCGACUGGACACCCUGGUCCCCAUGCUCCAAGACCUGCUUCUACGACGUGGACCGUGUUGGGGUGAGGAAGCGGUUCCGUCACUGCAACGACACCAGGGAGGGCGCUGGGCGAUGCCAGGGGGCGCCCGUGGAGGAGGAGCAGUGUGACACGCCACCCUGCCCCGUGGAAGGCAUCUGGACCCCCUGGACGGCCUGGUCCCGAUGCUCCGCUACCUGCGACUCCGGCGUCCAGACCCGCAGCCGCAUCUGCUCCAACCCGGCCUAUGGGGGGCCCGAGUGCACAGGACCCCUCGUCCAGACCCGGGACUGCAACAGCCAGCCCUGCCGAGCACUGUGCCCUGCGCCCAUGAUCUACCAGACGGCUGAGGAGUGCCGGCGAGGAAGGGGCGCCUGCCCGCGGCUCUGCCUGGACCAGGGCGCCGGUGUGGAGUGCGCCACCCGCUGCUACCAGGGCUGCUACUGCCCUGACGGCCUCUUCCUGCAGGACGACAGCUGCGUGCCACAGAGCCAGUGCCUGUGCUACCACCAGGGGGUGCUGUACCAGCCGGGCGACACCGCCCCCCGCGACGCCUGCAACAAUUGCACCUGCGUGGCUGGGGAGAUGGUGUGCGGCACGGAGCCCUGCCCAGUGCACUGCGGCUGGAGCGGCUGGACCGAGUGGAGCUCCUGCAGCCGCAGCUGCAACGUGGGAACCCGGCGGCGCUACCGCUCUGGCUCCGAUCCACCCGCCGCCUUCGGGGGGCGUGACUGCCAGGGCCCCAGCGUGGAGGUCGAGUUCUGCAGCCUGCAGCCCUGCAGGGGCUCGGGGGCAGAAUGGGGUCCCUGGUCGGAGUGCUCCGUGCCCUGCGGGGGCGGCUAUCAGAACCGCACACGGGGCAGCACCGUCCUGCACCGGAUUGAGUUCACCACCUGCAACCUCCAGCCCUGCGCCGGCGAGGUGCCCGGCAUCUGCCCGGAGGGGAAGCUGUGGCAGGAAUGCACUGACGCACCAGCCUCCUGUGCGGAGCUGGGCACGGACCCCCCUGCUGACAGGCCCUGCCACGCUGGCUGUUACUGCCCCCCCAGCACCGUCCUUCUGAAUAACCUGUGCGUGGCGGCGGCGGAGUGCCCCUGCGCCGAGGGCGGAGUGCUCUACGCCCCGGGAGACGUGGUGCCCAAGGGCUGUGAGAACUGCUCCUGUCAGGCCGGCCGGAUCUCCAACUGCUCCCGGGUGGCCUGCAGGGACGUGAGCGGCGGCUGGUCGGACUGGACGCCCUGGAGCCAGUGUUCAGUCUCCUGCGGGCUGGGGCUCCAGAACCGGUACCGGUUCUGCACGGCCCCCCCUCCGUCGGGGACCGGACUGCCCUGCCUGGGGCCGGAGCGCGAGGAGCAGCCCUGCCACGUCCAGCCCUGCUCCAGGAGCGGCGGCUGGGGCGCGUGGAGCCCCUGGACCGAGUGCACCAAGAGCUGCGGGGAGGGGCUGCGGAGCCGGGCCCGAGCCUGCGACAGCCCAACCCCGUUGGGCCACGGCGACUACUGCGAGGGCCCCCCGGCCCAGGUGGAGACCUGCCACCUGGAGCAGUGCCCAGCUCUGGACUGUGCAGCUGUGCAGGGCUCCAUGUACAGCCACUGUGGCCCCUCAUGCCCCCGCUCCUGCGAUGACAUCUCGCACUGCAUGUGGAGGUGCGAACCCGGCUGCUACUGCACCAGCGGCAGGGUGCUGAACGCCAAUGGCUCGGCCUGUGUGGAGAGGCAGGACUGCACCUGCCUGGACCUGCUCACCCAGGAGAGGUACCUGCCGGGGGAGACCGUGGCCCACCAGGACGGCUGCAACAACUGCACCUGCACCGGGGGGAUGCUGCUCUGUACCAGCCUGCCCUGCCCUGUGGCUGGAGGCUGGUGUGACUGGUCCCCAUGGACCCCCUGCUCCCGGACCUGUGGCAGCGAGGCGGUGACGCGGUACCGUGCCUGCGCCUGCCCCACGCCUCAGCACGGGGGGGCCGAGUGUGCCGGAGCACAGGAGCGUCACGGAGACACCAGCACUCAGCUCCAGCACAAGGAGUGCCCCUCGGCUGCCUUCUGCCCCGUGGACGGUGGCUGGAGUUCCUGGGGGCCAUGGUCGGCCUGCGCCACCUGCGCCGGGGAGUCGACACGGAGCCGGGAGUGCAGCAGCCCCCCCGCCCGCUUCGGGGGCGUGCCCUGCCCCGGAGAGGCCUGGCAGAGCCGCGCCUGCCAUGAUGGAGACACUGUUUGUGAAGGCUGCGGCGGGGGGCAGGUGGCCUUCACCUGUGGCAAGCCCUGCCCCCGCUCCUGCGAGGACCUGCAGGCGGACAUGGCGUGCCUGGACAGCCCCCAGUGCCAGCCCUCGUGCGGCUGCCCCGCUGGCCGGCUGCUCCAGGACGGGGCGUGUGUGAGCCUGGCGCAGUGUCGCUGCAAGUACCCCAGCGGCUCCCUGGGGCUGGAGGGGGCGGUGCACCCAGAGGCUCCGGAGCAGCAGCCCCUCUCGGCUUGGGCUGGUCCCGUGCCCUGGGAGUACGCACAGCCUGGGCAGACCGUGUACGGGCCCUGCCAGAACUGCACCUGCGAGGAUGGGCAUCUGCAGUGCCGCACCGACCCUGCGUGCCGGCUGGACGGCGGCUGGGGGGCCUGGGGGCCAUGGUCGCCCUGCCCCCAGCGCUGCCAGGAGGGCACCCAGUUCCGUUUCCGAGAGUGCGAUAACCCGGCCCCCCAACACGGAGGCAGGGGCUGCAUCGGGGACAGCCAGCAGCAGCGAGCCUGCCACCAGGGCGAGCUGCCCUGCCAAGAGGAGGCGCCAUGGAGCGACUGGUCCCCGUGGGCCCCGUGCAGCGUGUCCUGUGGCGGGGGAGAGCAGAUCCGCACGCGCCAGUGUCGCCAGCCGGCCUGCCAGGGGCUGGCCGUGCAGAGCAAGACCUGCCACACCCAGGUCUGCCUCGAGGUGGGCUGCCCGGCGGGACGCCUGUACCGGGAGUGCCUACAGGAGGAGGGCUGCCCCUACAGCUGUGCCCACCUCACCCGCCAGAUGGACUGCUUCUCCGACGGCUGCGAGGAGGGCUGCCACUGCCCGGCGGGCACCUACCAGCACCACGGAGCCUGCCUCCAGGAGUGCCCCUGCCUGGUCACCGAGGAGACCCUGCAGGAGCUCCAGAACCAUUCGGCAAACGCCAGCACCCUCCCGGCUGUCCUCACCGCCCAGGGCCGCUGGGUCUCUCUGGGCCAGGAGGUGCAGCCGCGUGACACCAUUCGCUCUGCCUGCAGCACCUGCACCUGCCACAACGGCCAGCUGAACUGCUCCUUCACCCGGUGCCCCCUGGACGGCGGCUUCGCUCCCUGGAGCCUGUGGACACCCUGCUCCGUGAGCUGCGGGGGGCUGGGGCACAUGACCAGGGCACGGGGCUGCACCAACCCCCCUCCUGCCAACGGAGGGAAGGACUGCGUGGGCCCUCGGACUGACAUCAAGUACUGCCAAACACCGGACUGCCCAGUGACAGCUGGUCCCACGAAGGAGCCUGUCCCCAGCGUGCCAGGCUCCGAGGAGGGUUUCAGCCUAUGGUCCCCCUGGAGUUCCUGCUCCAGAACCUGCUCUGAUCCCGAGUUCCCAGCCACAAAAACCCGGACCCGGCUCUGUGAGGGAGGCGCCAACUGCACCGGGGAGUCGUUCCAGGAGCGGGCAUGUAACCUGCCCCAGUGCACAGAUGCGCCCCCGUGUCUGGGUGAGGAGUGCGCUGGCAGGAACUGCACCUGGACCCCGUGGGCGCCGUGGAGCGAGUGUUCCCGCAGCUGCGGCGUGGGCCAGCAGCGACGUCUGCGCACCUACCACCCCCCCGGGGAGCGGGGGCUCUGGUGCCAGGGCAUCCUGACCGCAAACAUCGAGCGGCGCUUCUGCAACCUGCAGGCCUGCAAAGUGCCCGGAGCCUGGUCCACGUGGAGCCCGUGGUCGUGGUGCGACCGCACCUGCGGGGGGGGCCGCUCCGUGCGCACUCGCACCUGCACCAGCCCCCCGCCCAAGAACGGAGGGGCCCGCUGCCCAGGGGAGAAGUACCAGGGGCGCGUCUGCAACCCCCGGCCCUGCGCGGAGGGAUGCCCGCCUGCCAUGGCCAUGGUGGACUGCGCCAACAGAUGCCCGCGCCAUUGCUGGGACCUGCAGGAGGGCAUCACGUGCCAGGACGGGGAGGCCUGCGAGCCUGGCUGCCGCUGCCCGGACGGGACCCUGGAGCAGGACGGCGCCUGUGUCUCCCCGCAGCACUGCGAGUGCACCGACGCCCAGGGGCACAGCUGGGUGCCAGGCAGCCUGCGCCACGACGGCUGCAACAACUGCACAUGCUCCGAGGGGCGGCUGCUCUGCACCCACCGCACCUGCCCGCCCAGCCAGUGCGAGUGGAGCCAGUGGUCCCGCUGGUCCCCGUGCAGCGUCACCUGUGGGGACGGGCUGCAAACCCGGUUCAG